AUAUUAAGCCCAAAAUGGACCUGAGCAUGAAGUCCGACCUGUCCAGCCAUGUGCUGGUGAACUGCCAGUCGUCCAAUUCCAUUGAUGAUAUGGAUGACGAGGACGAUUCAGACACCAGCAGCCCACCGCUGCCGUACCUUCAGGGCCCCCCUCCUGACGGCUGCUGCACUGUUGACGGGUUCUGUCAAGCGGGAAAGGAUCUGCGCCUGGUUUCCAUGGCAACAGAGUCUAUUGAGGUUCCCACGGGGUUCGAGCUGGUUGGUGCCAAAUCGCCCAGCAUCCCGGAGCACAUCCUCGUCUGUGCGGUGGACAAGCGCUUCUUGCCAGAUGAGAAUGGGAAAAAUGCACUUUUAGGGUUUUCGGGGAACUGUAUUGGCUGUGGUGAGAAAGGGUUCCGCUACUUCACUGAGUUCUCCAACCACAUCAACUUGAAGUUAUCCACUCAGCCGAAGAAGCAGAAGCACUUAAAGUACUACCUGGUGAAGAACUCUCAGGGUGCUCUGUGCAAGGGAACCCUCAUCUGCUGGAAAGAAUGUAAGACAAGGCCAUUCUCGGGCAGUGCUUCUUCAUCCAAGCCUAGUUCCUCAUCCUCACUAAGCAGCAAAGAAAAUGGAGACACAAAUGGCCACAGUCCAUCUCCCUUCCACCUCUCAGACUCGCCUCCCGCCCGCAUGCAAUCUGGCUCAUCCUCAGGGAUUUUUGGACCCCCGGAGCUGGGCUUCCUCAAACCGUUGAACACACCGACCCACGGGACCAAGACUUUACCGAUCG